AUGAACCCUCUACAGGAACGUCGUCCAGAUGGUCAACGUGGACGAGUCCAUGAAGAAGGUCGCCACACACAAAAUCGGCGUCAAGGCACCCCCGGUUUGGCUGACAUUAUUGGCAAUUCUCUUGACCGUCCUAGGGAUAGAACAGAGAAUAAUGAUGGUCGAAGCCUAGCAGAUAUUGUAAUUCCACCACCCAAACGACGAAGAAAGGCAUCAGCAGCUCGUUUGAUGAAAGUACAGAAACGAGACAUCGCCGAAGAACCAGAAGAUGGGCCAAGUACAGCUAAUGCUGAAAAUCGGUCAUCGGAUGGCUUGCGUACAUCUACUACACAUGAUGAUCAAUCUACAGUAGGAUCUGGAGAAAAAAGCAAAGGCAAACCAGCCCCCGAAAAGUUUCAAAGACCAGUCGUCUCUCCUCAGAAUAUCGAUACUCCUCUCAUUACAGUCGAGUCCUCUGCGAGCUGUUCUCAAGAAGAGGGCAGCCUUGAAUCAGAAUCUUGA